GCGUCCUGCCCGACCCCGCCCGCGUGUGUGUGUGUGAGCGAGAGCGAAUGCGCUGGGUCGGCCCGAUGGGGGUAAUCGAGGGUUUCGGGGACGCCAAGCGGCACUUUCCUCUUCUCAGAGAGUGAGGGAGGGAAGUCGGUGGCUCUCGUGCCGGCCACUUUCCCUGCGUGAUUCUCGGAGCUCCCUGCAGGAGGUGAAAGUCCCCGGCGGGUCGGGAUGGCGUAGUUGCGCCGCGGCGCAGCAGCUGCCGGAGCUCUCAGCCGCCGAGUGCUGGGCGGGGAAACUUUGCUCUGCUUUCCUCCAAUUUGCCGCGGGUGGAUCUCCUCUUGACACACCGCCUUGGAGACAUUGUUGAUCACCGUUACUUGGCUUCCUUAGGAAACAGCUUGAGGCUGGCACAGGAGGCAAUUUGAACAUUGCAAAGAGGGCUUUUAAGGCCAUUCCUGAUUUACAAAGAUUGUCUGUGACCUGAAGAACUAUAGGCUGCAGUUUAUUUCUACUGUUGGAGAAAUAAAAAUGACAUCCCAUUAUAUGAUCGCCAUGUUUACCCUGAUGAGCUCCUGUUUAGUCACUGCAGGUCCAGAGCCUGGUACCCAGUGUGAGCUGUCUCCUGUCAAUGCCUCCCAUCCUGUCCAGGCCUUGAUGGAGAGCUUCACGGUCCUGUCAGGCUGUGCCAGCAGAGGCACAACUGGGCUGCCACAGGAAGUGCACGUGUUGAACCUGCGCCCCACAGACCAGGGCCCAGGCCAGCCGCAGAGAGAGGUCACUCUGCACCUGAAUCCUAUCUCCUCAGUGCACAUUCACCACAAGCCUAUUGUGUUCCUGCUCAACUCCCCACAACCCCUGGUGUGGCAUUUGAAGACAGAGAGACUUGCCACUGGGAUCUCCAGACUUUUCUUGGUGUCUGAGGGCUCCGUGGUCCAGUUUUCACCAGGAAACUUCUCCUUGACAGCAGAAACAGAAGAAAGGAACUUCCCCCAUGGAAACGAGGAGCUGUUAAAUUGGGCCCGAAAGGAGUAUGGAGCAGUGACUUCAUUCACCGAACUCAAGAUAGCGAGAAACAUUUAUAUUAAAGUGGGGGAAGAUCAAGUGUUCCCUCCCACAUGCAACAUAGGGAAGAAUUUUCUCUCACUCAAUUACCUUGCUGAGUACCUUCAGCCCAAAGCUGCAGAAGGUUGUGUGAUGUCCAGCCAGCCCCAGGAUAAAGAAGUGCACAUCAUUGAGUUAAUCACCCCCAACUCUAACCCUUACAGUGCUUUCCAGGUGGAUAUAAUAAUUGACAUAAGACCUUCUCGAGAGGAUCCUGAGGUGGUCAAAAAUCUCAUCUUGAUCUUGAAGUGCAAAAAGUCUGUCAACUGGGUGAUCAAAUCUUUUGAUGUUAAGGGAAACCUGAAAGUGAUUGCUCCCAAUAGUAUUGGCUUUGGUAAAGAAGGUGAAAGAUCUAUGACAAUGACCAAAUCAAUAAGAGAUGACAUUCCUUCCACCCAAGAGAACCUGUUGAAGUGGGCUUUGGACAAUGGCUAUAGUCCAGUAACAUCAUACACACUGGCUCCUGUGGCUAAUAGAUUUCAUCUUAGGCUUGAAAACAAUGAGGAGAUGAGAGACGAGGAAGUCCAUACCAUUCCUCCUGAGCUACGGAUUCUCCUGGACCCUGGCUCCUUGCCUGCCCCAGAUAAACCACCCUUCCGGGGUGGGGGAGGCCGAAAUGGAGGUCUCCCCUUUCCUUUCCCUGAUAUCUCCAGGAGAGGCCGGAAGGAAGGGGGAGAAGAUAGAAUCCCCCAUCCAAGGGACUCUGUCAUCCCCAGCAUACAACUGUUUCCUGGUCCCAGAGAACCAGAAGAGGUGCAGGGGAGCAUGGGUGUUGCCCUGUCAGUCAGAUGUGACAAUGAAAAGAUGACCGUGGCUGUAGAAAAAGAUUCUUUCCAGGCCAACGGCUACUCAGGGAUGGAGCUCACCCUUCGGGAUUCUUCCUGCAAGGCCAAGAUGAAUGAUACCCACUUCAUUUUGGAGUCUCCGCUGAAUGGCUGUGGUACUUCGCACGGGCGGUCAGCCCCUGAUGGUGUGGUUUACUAUAACUCUGUUGUGAUACAGGUUCCAUCCUCUGGGGAUAGUAGUGGUUGGUCAGAUGGCUAUGAAGAUUUGGAAUCAGGUGAUAAUGGAUUUCCUGGUGAUAUGGAUGAAGGAGAUGCUUCUCUGUUGAGCCGACUUGAAAUCUCAUUUAAUUGCAGCCUGAGGCAGCUGGGGAAUCCCACUAGUUUUCAGGACCAGCCCAAUGGAAACAUCACUUUCAACAUGGAGCUUUACAACACUGACCUGUUUCUGGUGCCCUCCCAGGGGGUCUUCUCUGUGGCAGAGAAUGGGCACAUUUUUGUUGAGGUAUCGGUCACUAAGGCUGACCACGAACUGGGAUUUGCCAUCCAAACAUGCUUUAUCUCUCCAUAUUCGAACCCUGACAGAAUGUCUGAUUAUACCAUCAUUGAGAACAUCUGUCCUAAAGAUGAGUCUGUGAAAUUCUACAGCCCCAAGAGAGUGCACUUUCCUAUCCCACAAGCUGAGAUGGAUAAGAAGCGAUUCAGUUUUGUCUUUAAGCCCAUGUUCAAUACCUCACUGCUCUUCCUGCAGUGUGAACUGACGUUAUGUACCAAGAAAGAGAAGGAUCCCCAGAAGUUGCCUAAGUGUAUACCUCCUGAUGAAGCCUGCACCUCCCUGGAUGCCUCCAUGAUUUGGGCCAUGAUGCAGAAUAAGAAGACAUUCACCAAGCCCCUGGCAGUGGUCCACCAAGCAGAACCUAAAGAAAAAGUUCCAAGCAUUAAGGAACAACAAAAUCCAGUUCCUCCACAAAUUUUUCAUGGUCUGGACACCCUAACCGUGAUGGGCAUUGCGUUUGCAGCAUUUGUGAUCGGAGCACUCCUGACGGGAGCCUUGUGGUACAUCUAUUCCCACACAGGGGAGACAGCAGGAAGACAGCAAGUCCCCACCUCCCCACCAGCCUCUGAAAACAGCAGUGCAGCCCACAGCAUCGGUAGCACUCAGAGCACACCAUGCUCCAGCAGCAGCACAGCCUAGCCAGACCCAGCUGGGCCCGCGACAGCUGAUGGUGUGUGUCCAGACUCAGAAGGCUUGAAUUUGGUUCCAUUGUAAAGGGAGAGUGAAUUUCAGUGUAAAGAUCACCUGUUGUAUUCACCCCUCACCAUGGCCAAUGUAAGCGUGACCCCUGGACUUCUGUAACACACUAGAUUUCAUGUGCAAAAGCUAAGAUGGUGGCCUUCUCCACCAGCCCCUCACAGGCUGGGGGGUUUUCAAUGUGAAACACAUGCCAGUUUUUUAAAUGCUGCUUUGUCCAGGUGAGAACAUCCAUAAUUUGGAACCCUGAGUUUUUACCCAGACUCAAGGAGGUGGUAAAAGGAUAACAGCUAGUCAGCAGAUUCAAUGAGGAGAUGUGGCCAAAGAUUCUUUUAUAUCUGAACCAAGACAUAAAACAAAAGAAAUGCUUUAAGGCUUUCUAAGCACUCCUCCGUGUCUAAUGGGCAUCUUUGGAUGCACACUUCUGACCUGCCAUGCCCUGUGGGGUCCGAUGUGUGGUUAACUGGGUGUUGACUGCCCUUGGGGACUGCAUCCUGCCACAUGUCAAGGCAACAUUCCUUUCUUGUGUCUUGGGCCAAAACCAGUGCUGACUGCCUUGUCAGCUUCCUGUGUCUCCCCACACUUACACACACCAACUACAAAAAUGUCUUAAUGCAAACUUCAUAUUUCGUAUAGGCAUAUAGAAAUUGAAGAUAGCCAAAAUCUGGAACUAUUGAUCUGUGUCCAUCUCCUACAUUUUUUUCCCUGAUAAAUUAAUGUCUAAAUUGGGGCAAGAGUCAGUUGUAAAGUUGAGGAGAAAUUUGCAAGUUGAUCUAUGUAUAUGCGUAUGUAAGUAGAAGUGUAUAAUAUGUCAUCUGGCACAGUCAUUUUCUCAGUUGAAGAAGAGAAAAAUUCAUUCCCCUAUGAAAAUGUUCUAUGAUUCCAGAGUUGGAAUUUACUCUUAAGUCAUAUUUGGUAGAAUGAGAAUUUCUACUCAAAACAUAUCAACAUAAGCCCUUUUGUAAAAUCCAAGCCCCCAUGAGACACAAAUGCCUGGCAGAUCCUGUUGGAGUCCUAUAGGUAAUCUGAAUAGCCUCACCAAUUCUGCCAAGACAGAGCUGCAAUAGGGUGAAAGGCACUCAUUUGGAUUGCUUUAGUUCUCUUGCCUUAAAUAUAUCCCAAACUCCAAAAGGAUUUGAAGUGAAUGUCAUGAAAUGGAAUAAUAUGAUGCCACUUUGCAGCUAAAUAAAGCUCAGCGAUACCUUUAUGCUAAAAAGAAUGCCAGAAGAGGAUUCCCACGCCAGAUCAUUUUCUUCUGAAGACAGCUUCAAUGCAAGUUAAAUAGUUUUCUUUUUCCAGAAUUUCCCCCAAAUGAGUUAGGAUUCCAUAAAUAAAACAAAUAGAUUCACCCCCAAAUAUUCAUAAGCAAAUCUUACUGCCCUUAAAAAUAAAGCAGUUGUGCCUGGUCCUCUGCAAAUGGAAUAAUAAAUGCUGAUGAAACUCAAAUCUUUAGGGAGUGUCUACGUGUAAUACAAGUAAGAGGAGAUGGAAAUCACUAUCAUCCAGUCAUUGAGUACUAGUGAUUGAUUGGAUAGGUGUAGACAUUCAAUCAAGACAAUUUUAAUCAAAUCAGAUUACUUUAGCACUGAGAUUUCCAGGCUACCUACAUUGAUAAGUUGAACUUUUUUCAGAUUUCCAUGUAUGCAUUGAAGACAACACAAGACUAGAGAAAUGUUUUCCUUUAGUUUAUUCUUUUUAACAUAAGGGUAUCAGAGUGGAGGACCUGGAUUACGCUACCUGUGUUUGAAAAUAAUGCGCUUUGCCUAACCUUCAGCAGAAUGUAUUGUUUUAGCAUAUUCUAUGUAUAAAAAAAUUUAAAGAUGUCUUCAAAGAAGACUAGAGUCUUUAAGUCACUUAUAGCUAUAUUUUACUACAAAAAAGUGUAUAAAGAUAUAUUUAAGUGUUUUAGAUAAAUUUAAGUUACUCCCUAUGAAAUGUUUAAUUUCAGUUACUGUGAAUUCUUUCGAUCAGUUCUUUGCUUUUUAAAGAAACCCUUUCCAUCUUAUUAAAAACAAAAUUAGCUAUGAGGAGGUAUUAAAAAAUUCAUUUCUUAGAUGGACAGGGUUAAAAAAAACUUCUGUAAUAUAUUUAAAUGUAUA